AUGGCACGUAGUAGUGGCGCCGUCUCGCCGCCCCCAGGACGGAUCGAUAGCGGCGCGUCGCGCGGCACGCUGGCGGUCGCGGCUGGCGCGCUUCCCUGUGACCAACAACUCCCUGGCUUUACCCAAUCUUUGAUCACGCAACAGGUACUGGACGACGAGCUGCAGUCGGAUCAUCAGCCCGUGCUCGUCGUCGUAUCGGAGGCACCUAAAAUUUACUGGAACGCCUUUAAGGAGACGCUGCCGACCACUACACCAACUCGGCCGAUCUACUCCGCGGCCGAAGUAGAGAACCUAGCAGACGAACUGAGGGACUGCAUUCGGGGCGCCCUCGAGUCGGCUAGCAGACCCAGCACACACACACACAGGGUCGCCUACCGCCCCUGGCAGCACAUCUGA